CUCGUUGGCCAUGGCGAUGCCGUCAUGUGGGUCGGGCAGAGUCCCGACGGCCAAGUGCUGGCGACUUCGUCUUGGGAUAAGACGGUGCGUCUGUGGAGUCCGGAGGAUGGGUCUCCUGUGAAGAUCUUGCAGGGCAGCACAGGCCAAAGCUGGACUGCGUGUUUCUCUCGGGACAGCCAAUUUAUUGCAGCAGGGUCGGGAGAUAAGCACGUGCGCAUCUGGAAAAUAGCAACCGGAGAGCUCGUACAUACGCUCGGUGGCCACACUGGGUGGAUCAGGAGUCUGCAGUUCAAUGCGGAGGGCAAGUAUUUGGUUGCAGGAGGCGAGGGCGGGGCUGUCAAGGUUUACGACGUAGCCACCGGC